UCGUACCAACUAUUAUUAUAAUUUUUUGUUAUUGCUGCUGCUGAUGAUGGCUGUUGCUGUUUAUUGUUGAAUUAUAGUUGUUGUUUUUUUUUGUUUCGUAUGUUACACAUUGACAAAGACAUUCACAAUAGAAAAAACACUUCGCCGAAUCCGUGUGGCUUCAUUCAAAUUGCGCUCAGAAUUCCGAAUUAAAUGUGCGACAUGUGUUUUGAUUUUUUACCGUAAUCGGUUUCGAUACUCAUGUUCAUUCAUCGCAUUCAAAAACCGAAGAAUCUUAUAAAUCGAUUUUAAUCGAUUUCGUCAUUGUGUGUCGAUACAUUUUUCAGGGCGAAAAGUGGUUCGACAGAGCAUUGAAAAUAUUGCAUUUCAGUUCGCAUUUCGUCAUGUAUAAAUCAUCAAUUCGUAUCGCUUAAACAGUCGGUUAAUUUGAUUCAGCAGUCAAAAACAGUGGUUUUAAUCCGAGAAAAAAUUUAUAUAUAAAUAUAUAGAAAUUAAAUACAAUACCAUUUUCAUUGUGCAAUCACAAAAUUUGUGUGUCGUGAAUUUGUUUGUAUACACUUUUUUCGCCAACCGUUAAUGACCUAUAGAAGUUUUAGUGAAGCAUAAUUUUUUUUUCUUGUCUCGUUUGAUGCAAGAUUAUUAUUGGAUUAUAUUUUUCUAUGAUUACAAGUGCAACCGCAAAUAAUAAAUAAACCGAAAUCGAUACGCGAAACGAAAAAAUCCAGUUUGAAUUUUCUUACAUCUAAUGAACACUUAAUUGUUCGCUUAACAGGUCAGAGCAAUUCAAGCGUGAUAUAAAAAAAAAUAUCAUCGAGUACACAUAAGAAAAACACUCUUCUUGUCGAUCAAAGUGUGCGAUAUAGACAAAGUCAAUUAUUCAACUUGAAAUGAGACAUUAAGUGUGUGGCAUCAGUUUUGUUUGUUUAAUUUUUGUUGUUGUUGUUUCAACGCAUGAAAUAGAUCUUAAACAAAUUUGCCAAUAUAUUGAAAGUGAAAAAUUGGAAUCCGGAAACUAGCAAUUGGCGAAAAUUAGCAUUUGGCAGGGAGGCAUUAAUUUAAUGUGCAUUGGCUGCCACUUCUCAACAAAUUCAACUAUAACAUACAUGUGGAAAUAUAUGCGUUCGGCGAUGAAACCAUUCGGGUAUUUAAUUCUAUUUAAUUUUGGUUUUUUUCUGUGCAUCGUCACAUCACCUUGCUUGGGUGCAAAGGUGAUUCGAACGUCUGCCAAGUCAUUAGCUGAACGGACCGGAGCGGCACAGUAUGCGGUUCAUAUUGAAGAAGAGUUGGCACCGGAAGAGAUCAGUAGUCCGCACGAUCUACGAAAACGGCUUAGCAAUGAGAACUUAUUUGAUGACAGCGACUAUGAGAUUUAUCAAGGUGUAGUCGGACGACCUGGUAUCGAUUUUCCCGUUCUAACCAGCAUUCCACAAACGACAUUCAACUGUCGUGAUUUUGGCAAUGGAUAUUUUGCCGAUUUGGAAACCGAGUGCCAAGUUUUUCACAUUUGCGAAGGCGGCAAGAAAAUCUCAUUUCUUUGUCCGAAUGGUACGAUUUUUCAGCAAACCGAAUUGAUUUGUGACUGGUGGUUUAAAGUAAAUUGUGCCGCAUCACCGGGUCAUUAUGCUGAAAGUUCGGAGGUUUUGUCACGAGCACAAAAUCGUUCAUCACAACAUUCGACAAACAAGCCCAAACCAAUUGUUAAAUUGGACAAAAGUUCAUCACAACAAAAACCAUCCGAAGAGAUUUCAAGUGAUGCAUAUGACUUUGAAGAUAUUUCAUUUCCCGAUUUAAAUGCACCAAAAUCGAAUGCAUUGAAUGUUGAUCGAAAGGCAAAAGCAUAUUCACAGCGAUCGCAAAACUUACAAAAUGCACAAAGCCUACAAAAUGGACGACAAAAUUCACAAGAAUCACAAGUAUUUGCUGCAAGUUCAUCAUUUGUCAAUCCACAGGCGAACAAUUUCAAUGGUUACUAUUAUAAGCAACCGAAUGAAAAGAAGCCAUCAAAUCAAAAGGAAGCCACGACACAAUCACCGCAACCGCAAGCAACAUCGUCUGUACCUGUCACAACAUCGGCCGAUGUUACCUUUGUGAAAAAUAACAAUUUCGAUGGAUACCAAUAUAAUGAUCCAGAUCGAUCGAGCCGACGAUUCCAAAAUGCAAAAUUAACAACCACAACAACCACAACAACCGAACGAAAUAAUCAAGCGGCAUUUUCAACAACCACAUUGGCACCGAUCACAUAUCCAAAUCGUGGCACUACAAAAUACAAAGAUACUAAAGAAACAAAUGAAUUUAUCAUAAAUGUUGUGGACACAGCGGCACGCACAACACCGCCACCAUUGAUAAGGGGUCGAGUGAACGGCGAAUCAACAACCGCACGAUAUGAAGCACCACGAACAACACCAUAUUAUACGCCAACGGUGCCAAGUGUAUCACCAGCUCGGCCAGGGGCAAGAAAUCGUUUACAAGAAACCAGACCGACAGUCAGUUCGGCCAAAGUGGCUGAACAUGCUAUGGAAAUGAUGCAAACAAUUCACGACUUAAAGUUGGAUAAUCCAUCUGAAUCAAAUGAAAAUGAUAACCAAAACCGAAAGGUUAAAGAUUAUGGAAGUCGAUCUGGUUUGGUGAUUCCACCAUCUUCGGGGCCGGAAACAAUUCAUUCGUUGGCUUUGUACUUUGCAACGGCUGUCGAUAGUUUGGUGACAAAACCAAUGGCUGAAACAACAACUGUUCUACCAAUUCCAGGUUUGAAAGGUCUUGACGUUCAUGCCGGUAAUGUGACAAAGUUAGAAUCAUCGUUGGUAAGCGACACUACCAAGCGUCAGUAUGAAACCUUAUUCGGAAUCGAUGAAGAUGAUAAAUUGGUUGACAAAGCAAAUAUUCGUGAUGGCUCAAAUGAUGAUUCAAAUGCUUCGAAUAAUGAUUUAGAAACAGAAUUUUCAAAUAAUCCGGUCAUUGCUGCCAGUGGAACGAAACAAAUACGAGAAUUGGCUCAAGUAUUUACGCAUGCAUUAUCAGCAUAUUUACAUGAUCCAUCCACAUUUCGCAGAGUUUUGGCUGAAAUUCGACCAACUGAACCGCCCCCAGUACAAAGUACCGAGUAUUUAACCAAUCGCCUUGGACGAAAUAAGGACUUUAAAGAUGGCACUGGAGCCACAUACUUACCAACAUCGGCCACACCAAGUGUUCGAGAUGUAAACGGUGCCAUUCCAACAACAGAAGAUUUGGAAGUACUUGACUUUUCCGAUGUAACCUUAUCAACACCAUUUUCAAAAGAACAAUCAACCGAUAUUAUUAACAAUUCGGAAAGUUCAACUCCUUUGCCAGCUGUUGAUAUCUUCGAUACAACACGGUCGCAAAUUCUUCACGAAUCAUUAAAACAAGUUGAUCAUAUUCCAGCUUCGCGUAUUCUAACUGAAGCGCUUGAAUCGUAUGCAUUGAAUCAAUAUACGGGAAAUUCAUUGGACGGAACAACUGAACCAAGCAAUCCAUUGGCCAUUGAAAUCAAUGGUGGCCUAGAAGCAACAACCACCUAUCCAUAUUUCGAAGAUUUUGAAAAUCAAAAUAAUACUUUCCAAUUUCCAUCACGUCUUACCGACACCGAUUAUCCAGCUCAAACAACUGACUAUCCAAAUAUUGUAACUACAUCGUCUGGACCAUUGUCAUUUGAUUUAUUACCGCCAUCAUCUUCCGGCAAUAAAGGUUUUGAAUUUCCGAAAAGUGAAAUUACUGCCCCAGUCGAUGAAAAUGAUUUACAACGUGCUCAAUCACAGUCGAUAUAUGGCAAUGGUAAAAAUACAUUAGAACCACAUCGAACGGGCAAAGAGUAUACGAGUGAAAAUGAUAUAAAAUCACUGAAGAAUGAAAAUGGACAUUAUAUUACAGAGUUGCCAACCGUAACACCAGCACCGGAAUUUAGUAAAACAACUUAUCCAGAUAAUGGUAAAAUUAAUCCAAACACAUGGUCAACGCUAUCAUAUUCAGUGUUUUUGGAUCCAUUAACCAUAAAUGAUGGCCUAAUGAGUUCGGGUGAGCAAAGCACUCAAGUGCCGAAUUCAAGUUCAAGUUCGGCACAAACAACACAAACGCCAAACUUUGAAAGUACUGAACCAACCAUAUCACCGUAUUUCAAUAAUGAAAAUCGACAAGGUAAAGCUGUUUCACCAACAAAUGGACCACCAACACAUGAAGAUUAUUUACAUGUAAUGCAACGCAAAGCCAACGAAAUGUUUGGCUCUCUGAAUGAUACAUCUGCCGAUCAUUUGAUGAAUGUUAUGAAAAAAGCCGAUAAAAAUAAAACAGUGCGAAAAUUAAUUUUACUUUUGAUUCAAACGUGUGACGAUGAUUAUAAUAAAACAGUUGAACAAUCAAGGCAAGCACUGUUAACCGCACUAAUCGGCAUGGAUGGAAAAACCGAUGAUGGUAAUGAAAUUCAAACGAUCCACGCUAAACCAUACCGUGAAGAAAAAUCACUAAAUUUAAACAGUCAAUCGAGUCAUAAUGCGAUCCCAACAACAACCACACAACUUCCAAUCACAACAUAUCACAGGCCACUCAGCUCACGCAUUACCGUUGCCAAUUAUGCAACGCAUGUUACAUCGACUCCACAAAAUGCUGCACUUAACACUGAAACAACAACAUUUUCACCGUUAUUCCAGUCCACAAACUAUUACACAGACACAACAGCAACACCAAACUAUGAUUACACCACAACAGCCAUCUAUUCAACAGAUAUUGAUACCACCACGACCACAUAUUAUCAACCACCGACCACAACAUUUGCACCAACAACAACGACCACAACACGGGCACCAACAACAAUCAAAUCUCGUCGAAGGACUACACCAGCACCAAUACGCAAUUCAAAACGUCUUGCAAAAGAUUUGGAUCAAUAUUUAGCGCAUCAAGGUGAUACAAAUUAUUCGGUGAACCAGGCGCAUCGAAAUUCCGAUGCUCGGGCCUUGGAAUUGCUCCGCUCUUUAUAUUCGCUUGCGGGUCGCUUUGGUAAAUGAACGUAAAAAAUAGCCGAACGUGUACCAAAACUGUCACGUGGAAAAUGAAUUGGGUCUGAUAUUAGGUAUAUAACGACAUAGGUUCCAAAUAAAAGCAGACAAUUUGACUUAAUUUAUAACAUCCAGUGAUGACUGUACAAUCAAUGUACGGCAAGGCCACCGACAAUGACAACAACUUUGACUGCCUGACACACUCACACACAUUUAUAUAUACAUACAUAUAUACAGCCAGUUGAUUUCUGACGGCUUAUUUAACUGACUAGUUUUCAAUUUUUGUAGUGGAUUGGAAUGGAUAAACACAAGAAUUACAUUCAGUGUUGAAUGCAAUUUAAAAUGAAUUGUUGAUAUUUAAUAAAUUUUAAGUCGUAAUCGGUAUGUGCUCUUGUUGUAAGUGAACAUGAAAUUAAAAAUGUUGGAAUCAGUUCUUUUGUCCAAAAUCAUUUCUGCCUAUUUUGAAUAUUAAGAAAAAAAAUAUUAAAAAUGAUGUGAAACUCAUUGUAGUUUCAAAUAAAAAAAUAAAAAAAUAAAAAAAUAUGUAAAAUGUCCCAAGUUCA